GGCUACAGGCAGUAGUGGAGACUCCAAGCCUGUUCAGAAAAUGGAGUUUGCAGAGCUGAUAAAGACGCCCCGCGUGGAUGGGGUGGUCCUGCACCGACCCUUCAUGCCCACGGUGGAGGGGACCCUGUGCCUGACGGGGCACCACCUCAUCCUCUCCUCCCGGCAGGACAGCAUAGAAGAGCUGUGGCUCCUUCAUUCCAACAUCGACUCUAUUGAGAAGAGGUUUGUGGGGUCACUGGGGACCAUUGUGGUCAAGUGUAAAGACCUGAGGGUCAUUCAGCUGGAUAUCCCAGGGAUGGAGGAGUGCCUGAACAUCGCCAGCUCCAUCGAGGCCUUGUCCACACUGGACUCCAUCACCUUGAUGUAUCCCUUUUUCCAUCGGCCGAUGUUCGAGGUCAUCGAGGAUGGGUGGAACCUUUUCCUUCCUGAGGAGUUUUUCAAAGACAUCGAGUCCUCGACAGAUGAGUGGAGGUUGAGCAGCGUUAACAAGGACUUCUCCGUCUGCCCAACGUACCCCGCACUGGUGAUCGUACCCAAAGCCGUGGAUGACGACACCCUGUGCAAGGUCGCCACCUUCAGGCAUGGAGGCCGCUUCCCGGUUCUCAGCUACUACCACAAGAAGAAUGGCAUGGUGAUGAUGCGAGCGGGCCAACCCCUGACCGGCACCAACGGGCGGCGCUGCAAGGAGGACGAGAAGCUGAUUAACGCCACGCUGCGGGUCGGCAAGCGCGGCUACAUCAUCGAUACGCGCACCAUCGGUGUGGCUCAGCAGGCCAAGGCGCGGGGGGGCGGCUUUGAGCAGGAGGCUAACUACCCACAGUGGAGGCGCAUCCACAAGGCCAUUGAGAGGUCUAACAUCCUCCAGGAGAGUCUGAUCAAGCUGGUGGAGGCCUGCAACGACCAGAGCCAGAACAUGGACCGCUGGCUGAGCAAGCUGGAAGCCUCAAACUGGCAAACCCACGUCAAAGAGAUCCUCACCACGGCCUGUCUGGCUGCGCAGUGCAUUGACCGGGAGGGCGCCUCUGUGCUGGUCCACGGAACUGAGGGCUCCGACUCCACGCUCCAGGUGACGUCGCUGGCCCAGAUCAUCCUAGACCCGGGCUGCAGGACCAUUAGGGGCUUCCAGGCUCUGGUGGAGAGGGAGUGGCUACAGGCCGGCCACCCCUUCCAGCAGCGCUGUGUCCAGUCGGCCUUCUCCAACAGCAAGCCGCGCUGGGAAGCUCCCGUCUUCCUGCUCUUCCUGGACUGUGUCUGGCAGAUCCUGCACCAGUUCCCCUGCUCCUUCCAGUUCAACGAGCACUUCCUGGUGUUGCUUUUCGAGCAUGCAUACGCCUCGCAGUUUGGCACCUUCCUGGGGAACAGUCCAGCUGAGCGGGUGAAGCUGAAGCUACCCCAGAAGACUGUGUCUCUGUGGUCCUGGGUGAACCGGCCCCAGGAGAUGGAGCGCUACCUGAACCCGCUGUACGAGGCCAACAGCCUGGUGAUCUGGCCGUCGGUGGCCCCACAGAGCCUGCUGUUGUGGGAGGGGGUUUUCCUGCGCUGGAAACGCUCUUCCAAGUGCCUGGACGAGGCCUUCGAGGAGAUGGUGCACAUCAUCGAGUGCAACAAGGAGCUGCAGAGCAAGGUGAAUGCUCUGCGGCGGCAGCUGGCCCAGCUGGAGACGGGGGACGGCCUGCUGGGGACGCCCUAGCCGCCCAACUUCCCAGACACACUACCCCUGCCCUGCCCUGCUCUGCCCUGCCCUGCCCCGCCCCCCACCAGGCUGACGUUUUCCCUCACACACACUAUGCCAAAUGUCCACAGCUUUUUGGUUCCAUGGAGCCCCUGUUGUUGUACAGGUACCUUGUGACCGAAUUUCCACAUUCAGCACUACAGUAAGAAAAAUAACGGCGUGAGAGACGGUGGCGCCGCACAAAGCGACAUGGGGCUACAGACCAUGAAAAUAUCCCCACAUAAACUUUUCCCUCUGAAAUUUUAAUGGAUACUAGACCAUAUAUCCUUGCCUCUUGACUAGAUAAUAUACUGACGUAUUGUUUGGCAUAUAUUUGCCAUAAACGCCAUGUGAAAGAUAUUUUAAAAUAUCUAAACAUCAAGCCUCUUGGAAAUAUCUGGUCUUUUGUGCCCCCCAACAUCCACUAGAACAAAUUAUUAUUGUUUUUUUUUCUUCAAGUAAGUUGUAAAUUUCCCUAAGGCCAAAAUGUACUUUGCUCACAGCGUUUGUUAAUUGGGACCAAGUAAUCUCAGUUUUGGCUGCCUCUGCAUGUAUAAGGUAAUGAUGGGCCCUCUCCACACGCCCCCCCCGGUCGGCGCCAGCUCAAGGUGCACUCUCAUACAUAAGCCAACAAUUAUUAAGGCACAUAUGCUCUAGAUCUGCUCUCAUUCCCUUCCAUAUGUAGUUUUGCGGGAGACUGGGCAUUUAGCAUAGCGUAGAUUAUGUGUCACAGACGCGUGGCAGACGCACAGUGCCAGGCUUAACAGCUCCCUAAAUGUGCCCGUCUGACACCUUUAUAAUUCAGAGUACCAGUACGGUCAUGUUGUUAUACCUAACUAGCGCUUGUUUUUGGUGUUUUUUUUCCCCCCCCAGCAGCCAAUUGUCACAUAUUGUUGUAAACUGUGAGUAUAAUCUUGUAUAAUAUUCUAGUGAUCACUAUUGAACGCAGAAGCUCCUGCAUGCUUCCCACAUCUCUUCCGUCUUUCCUGGCCUCGGUUUUUCUGUCUUUAUAUGAUUUAUUGGCUACACAGUAGCGUAUAAUGCCUCAGAGAAAGUCUGUUUGAUCAGUGAGGGUGGUUUUAUCAGGCGAUACUAAAUAAAUGGAGCCAGAAAUGUGACCAAAGAGCUACAGGCAAACAGGUUCUGAUGCAUCGAGGGACUUCUUGGUCGAUACAUUUCUUCUAUAAUUUAUUUUUGCUUUUUAAAACAUUCUCCGACUGUGUGUCAAAUGCCUCGGGGGGUUGCUAUACUGGCCAGGGAGCUUCCUGAGAAUAAAGUUUGCAGGCUAAGUAAUUCAGAUGGGAUUUGGCACCGGUAUGGCAAAUUUUAAAGGUUUCAUAAAACGGCCACAGACAAAGUGAUGAAUCGAGAACAAUUUCAGACAGUUAAAUGUAUUUUUCAGUUUGAGGUCGUUGAUGGGGAAAGAAAAAAAAAUCAUUACUUGAAGUGUCUUAAAGUGAUUUUUUUAUUUUUGUUUUCAUUGAACAGUGCUGUUAAGUUACUGCGGUUUUUGGCUGUAUCAUGUUGUAUUAUAAAUAAUGUGUACAGUGCAAUUGAUUUUUUUUUUUCCCACUGACGGCAUAAAUAUGACUGCAGUAAAUGGAGUUGAUGCACUAAA